GAGCGCGCGUUUUCCUCGCGCAGGCGCAGCAGAGCAGUAGCCAUGGCGGACUCGGGCUGGAGUACCGACACCGGGGAGGCCGUGUAUCGCUCGCGGGACCCCGUGCGCAACUUUCGGCUCCGAGUUCAUCUCCAGAGAGUCUCCUCAUGUAACCUCCUCCUCUACCAGUCUGCUCCCCAGCUAGUAAAUGACCUUAUCGACCUGGGUACCUUUAACCCACCAACAUCAGCCAGUGAGCAUUUGAGAAAGGGAGAGGAUGAAGAAGAAGUGGUGAUUGGUUGGCAGGAGAAACUCUUUAGUCAGUUUGAGGUGGACUUGUACCAGAAUGAGUCAGCCUGUCAAACCCCAUUGGAUCAUCAAUAUCGCCAGGAGAUCUUAAAGCUGGAGGCUUCUGGUGGCAGGAGAAAUCGCCGCAUCUUUACCUACACUGAUUCUGAUCGCUACACCAACUUGGAGGAGCAUUCUCAGAAAAUGACCACCUCGGACAGUGAGGUACCCUCCUUCCUGGUUGAGCGGAUGGCGAAUGUCAGGCGUCGCCGUCAGGAUCGACGAGGACUGGAAGGUGGUAUCCUCAAGUCCCGAAUCAUCACCUGGGAACCAUCAGAAGAAUUCAUUAAAAGCAAUCAUGUCAUCAACACCCCGCUUCAGACUAUGUACAUCAUGGCGGAUCUGGGACCCUAUGGAAAGCUUGGUCAGAGGGAUUAUGAGCAAGUCCUCUGUACUCUGAAAGUGGACAGCAACGGAGUGAUCACAGUGAAACCAGAUUUCACAGACAACAGGGGACCUUACAGAAUUGUAACUGAAGGGGAGAAGCAGGAGCUGUGGAAGUACACAAUUAAGAAUGUAUCCUCCCCUGCACAGCGAGAGGAAGAAGAACGGGAGCAGCGUGUGUUCAAGGAUCUCUAUGGCCGGCACAAGGAGUAUCUCAGCAGUCUAGUGGGUUCUGAUUUUGAGAUGGCUGUUCCUGGCUCCCUGCGGCUUUUUGUUAAUGGAGAGGUGGUUUCAGCCCAAGGCUAUGAAUAUGACAAUCUUUAUGUGCACUUCUUUGUGGAGUUGCCUGAAUACUGGUCAAGUCCAUCAUAUCAGCAGCUCUCGGGAGUAACACAGACUUGUGUUACCAAAUCAGUGGGAAUGGACGAAGUGGCGUACUUCUCUUACCCUUUCACAUUUGAGGCUUCGUUCUUCCAUGACACUGAAGCUCUUGAGGAUCUGUCUCAGUGGCCUGUGCUGUACUUGGAAGUCAUCUCGCUGGAUUUCUGGCAGAGAUAUCGGGUGGAAGGCUAUGGGUCCAUAGUACUGCCCACAGCACCAGGGUCUCAUACCAUUACAGCCUCAACAUGGAGGCCAGUGGAGUUAGGAACUCUGGCAGAACUGAGGAGAUUUUUCAUUGGGGGCUCACUGGAAUUGGAAGACCUAUCAUAUGUGCGAAUACCAGGGACCUUCAAGGGGGACCGUCUGAGCCGCUUUGGGUUCCGAAGUAAGACAACAGGCAGCGUUACUUUCCGCUUUAACUGCCUACAGCAGUCCAUGGCCUUUUUGGAGUCUGGCUCCACUUGGAAGAAGAUGCAGAGUGUGCUGGAAGGCAUAGGAAGAUUCAGUCAGCAAAACAACAUUUUUAAUGUGCUAGAGGCCUUCCAGCGAGCCCGACGCCGCAUGCAGGAGGCUCAGGUAAACCUCCCUGAGGAUCUGGUGAGCUCCUGAGCACUGUAGCCUCCAACUAGCAGCAGCCUCAGCCACAGUGCUCCCCAACGACCAAGGACAGACACUCAUAUCCUCCAAGACCAUGGGCUGCCCUGCGGCUUAAUGUUCAACCUUCCUUCUGGGUCAGGAUCCUGUUACAGCAAAUUCCAGCAAGGCCAGAGCUUGUUGGGAUGAGGGCCGCACAGGCAGAGGGACUCUGUGGCAGGCUUGGUCCCUUCAGGGAGCCCUGGGCUGGCCUGCCCUGCAGGAGGCAGGGCAGCAGAUCAGGGCCUGAGGUAGUUGAUGACUUUACAACCUCACAAGGGAAUCCAGAAAAGAAGGAGAGUAAAAUGAAUCAGGGAUUUUUUCACCAUCAGAGUUCUGGCUCUCUCAAAACCAUCUUUUUUUUGACUUUUGCUUCAGGCAAAUUGUGUGUGGUGGUGGUGGGCAUAUAUGGGAGAGUGUCUAUGGUGGUGUGUGUGUGCACUCACGAACUUCUGGGUAGGGACCGAGUAUGGCUCUGUGAUGAGGAGCAUUUGUAUCUGGGGGUUUGCAUGGGUAUGUAUGGACAAGGGUGUGCCCAGUCUGACCUACCUCAUAUACAUUAUUGAGUGCUUUGGUUUUGCUUUUAGGUUUUAAACAUAUAACUUGCUUUUACACCA